AAGUGACUCGAUUGGGCUGUAUAGUCAUAUCUCAACCAUUCAACCAUCUAGGUCGGUCGGCUGUCUCACAGUCCACAAGCUCUCACAAGGGGUAGAGAGGAAAAGAGAAAGAAAGAAAGCAGUAAAAAGUGGCUUCGAUAUACAUACACAAUUUUUUCAUCUAAAAGCAGCCCUACAGACAAAUUAAAUAAAAGUUCUUAAGUAGUCGUUAUACAUAAUUUAAUCGAUUUUGGUUUCGUCGCAACUUCGGCCAAAGGUACGCUACAGUGACUAGCGCUACCUUUCAAUAUGGCGGACGACGAGCAGUUCUCGUUGUGCUGGAACAAUUUUAAUAGUAAUUUAUCAGCGGGUUUCCAUGAGUCGCUUUGCAGAGGUGACCUGGUGGAUGUGACGCUGGCGGCAGAGGGGCAAUUUGUCAAGGCUCAUCGUCUUGUUUUGUCCGUCUGUUCGCCCUAUUUUCGUAAAAUGUUCACUCAAAUGCCAGCCAAUCAACAUGCCUUUGUAUUUCUGAAGGAUGUAAGUCAUACCGCUUUGAAAGAUCUCAUCCAGUUUAUGUACUGCGGCGAGGUGAACGUCAAGCAGGAGGCGCUACCAGCUUUCAUAAGUACAGCAGAGGCUCUACAAAUUAAAGGCUUAACAGAUAGUGAUCCUCCACAAUCUCAAACGCCGCCUGAACCUUCUACACCCACGCCACAAAUUCAAUCACAACAAAUACAAGCGUCACCGCGAGUGCGGCAUCGUACGUCGACGGGUCGCUCAUACAAAAUAGAAACUGUUGAUGAUUCCGGCGAUGACACGAAACAAACGACGCAGAUUGUUAUACAAACUACGGCGCCAUCCCACCCACCACAGGCCACAAUUACCACACAAGCACCUCAGCAGCAACACCACCACCACCAUCAUCAUCAGCAGCAACAACAGCAUCAGCCUCCUCAACAACAUAUAGCGCAACAGCCUAUCCAAACGCAAACACAUCAACUUGCCGGUGUUAGUUUACCUACUUCAACGGCAACAACAGCUGUGGUAACCCAUAAAAGACCCGCCCAACGUACAAACCUUGGUAGUGUGCCGCACAUCAAGCGAUCAAAGAGCACAAUUGAUCCCCUAGAGGCUUCAGAUGCAACCGUUGCCACACAACAACUUAAUGUACAAACAACCGUAGUGACGUCGGAUGUGACCAAGUCCCAAAGUCAACAGCACCAUCACCACCAACAGCAGCAACAAACGCAAUCGCAUCACCACCAAUCACAGCCACAACAGACCAAUGAACCUGAGUACAUCGACAUGCCCAUGGAAUUGCCAACAAAGUCAGAACCAGACUACGUUGAGGAUGCUGGCGAAGUUGAUCAGGGUGAACAAGACGGAACAUAUGUGGAAGACGAAUCGUACGGUGAUAUGCGCUAUGAUGAAAGUUACUUCACUGAGGGCGAAGAAGCCGGAGGAGCGGCAGGAAACGCAGCAACAGGAGGAGCCACAAGUACAAGUGCCACAGCGACCACAUCAAAAGCUAUUGUAAAGUCGCAGCCGCUAUCGGAUUCGGCGUACAUGGAUAGUACAGGAGAUCAAGCCAAUAGUGACGCACAAGUGGUUUUGGCCAACGAAGUCGUUCCCAAUCCUGAAGACGUUUUGGUGUUUUUUACACAGUCGCUACGUGGUCGGCCCGCGAUUAUGGCCAAUGGAGUGCGCUUCCUCAUUAUGAGCGAGAACAAAAAGAAAAUCUUAUGGCGUUGCUCUUCAAUGGCUACCAAGAAAAUCAAAUGCCCCGCCCGCAUUACCAUGCUGAAGGAGACGCCGCCGAAAUUUAUCAUCAACAAAGCGGAACACGUGCACGCCGAAUUGAAACGCAAUAAGUACGGCUCCACCAAACACCAGGUGUUAACAGUGGCGGCGACAAAACUCAAAAGCGACUCCAUUGAAUACGACGGCACCAUAAACUACCAAGUUAUUAGUGCAGCGGCACCUGCCGAGGAUCAGCAAGAGGAGCCGGCGCCACAGCAACCCCAGCAUCAUUCACAUCACCAGCAUCAUCAACAUCAUCAACAACAGCAGGAGCAGCAAUAGACUUAAGGAUAUUCAGCCGGUGGUUUUCCAACCAUUAUGACAUUAGAAAACUACAAUAAUUGAUGUUAUUUUCGGGUAAAUGUGUGUAAUUUUGAGAACCACGUUCGUACGUUAGGAUAAAUGUUGUCUUUACAGCUUCAAACUUCUUACGUUUUGUGUGGGUACGUAUACGAAUUUUAUUUGUUUGGUAAUACUAGACCUGAUUCCUUGAGAUAUCUGAGAUUGUGAUUCCAUAUCUAAUUUGUUCCCCAAAUGUUGUAAAAUUAAGCAAAAAGUUAUUUUCGAAAAUUUAAGUUUUAAGUACGGUGUUGUCCAGACGGCAGUUAAUGUUGGCACAUGCAAGGCGAUGCACAAGUUCAUAUAUAUGUACUGAUAUGGCUAACCAAGAAAAAAAAAAAACACUAUCCCAAGAAGACAUUUUAAAUAAAAAAGGCUCAACUUGGCAAGAUAACAUGAAUUGGUUGUACUUCCACCAUAGGAUGGGGGGUAUACUAAUCUCUUCAAUCCCUUUGUAGACCCUUGAAGUAUCGAUCUUCGAAAACUGAAUUUGAAUGACAGAUGUCUACUUUCCACAAUAACAUACGAGGAUUUGUGACAUUUAUAGACAUCUGUAUCAAAUCCUACAUAAUUGUAACCUCUACCCUUUUUUUCGUCGUCUUGACAUUAUAAAUCAGUUGUGGGUACUCUAAUACAUAUGGUUCCUUAUUCCAAGCUAAUGGGCUUAUGUUCUUGCGUACGUACACAAUAUGUGUAUUUGACCACCACUGUUCUAAAUUCAUGUCAUGUUCGAGUGUUCGCUCGUCUGUGACAAUUCCAAUGGCAUUCGAAGUAAUUGAUCAUCCUCCCGAAAAUUCGUACAGAUACUUUU